AUAGCGUUCUGAUGAAUAUCCCUCCAUCUAAGUCACGGCGUAAGCUCAACAUGCCGCCAUCAUCGCCACCGUUAACUGUCCCCGACGAUCUUACUCUUGAACUCUUAUCGUUACUUCCCGUAAAAUCUCUCAUGCGACUCAGGUGUGUUUGUAGGUCUUGGAAUGCUCUAAUCUAUAAACCUAUCUUUAUAGCUCUAUCCUACCUUCGUGUGAAAUCUCUUGUGCAACUCAGAUGCGUUUGCAAGUCGUGGAGUGCUCUAAUCUCUAACCCUACUUUUAUAAAAAACCACCUUAAAAAAUCUGCACAAAACCCACACAUAGUACUAAUUUCGGUUACGGACAACUUUCCAAGCUAUUUCGUAGUGGAUUCUUUGCCGGUUAGUCGUUUAGUGGAGAACCCGUUGAUCAACCUGGCUGACGAUCAUCACUGCGGAAUUAAGGAAGAAAAUGGCAUCAGGGUUGUUGGUUCAUGCAAUGGCUUGCUUUGCUUGAGUAGCACGCAAUUAAUAAGUCUGAUUUAUGUCUGGAACCCGGCUACAAGGCAAAUAUCUACAAAAUCGGGGUGUUAUAACUUUUCGUGGAGAACCACCGAGUUUGCGUUUGGUUACGAUAUUUCGAGAGACACUUAUAAGGUAGUGGCCUUCUUUCAGGAUAGUAGAGAUGUGCAAGUUUGUAGCUUGGGUGAAGAUACUUGGAGAAACAUUCAAUGUUUUCCCAAGGUUUGUCUUCCUCCUCACUUUCGCUUCGACAGUGGGGUCUAUUUGAGUGGUACUCUUAACUGGUUAGUCGUACGAAAUAAUAAUGUUAAUCGUGACGGAAGCAAACUUAAGGUUGAGCAUUAUGUGAUCAUCUCACUUGAUUUAGGGACAGAGACAUACACAAAGUUGUUGCCCCCUCGAGAUUUUGAUCAAGUGUCGUUGGUUGAAUCAACUAUUUGUGUGCUGAUGGAUUCCCUUUGUUUUUCCCAUGAUUCUAAGGGAAUCAGUCUUGUUAUAUGGAAGAUGGUGGAAUUUGGAGUUCAGAAGUCUUGGACUCAAUUCUUUAAAAUUUGUUAUCAUAAUCUUGAGAUUUAUGAUAUUCACUAUCGGGUGGUGCCGUUGUGUCUCUAUGGUGAUACAUUGAUAUUGGUCGACUAUUUAGAUGGAAGACCGAUUCUCUAUAACUGGAAAAACAACAAGGGUAUGCGAACUAGAAUUACUGCAUCAAAAUGGUGGUUCUAUGUCAAUAAUUAUGUUGAAAGUUUGGUUUCAACGGAUGGGAAGUAAGUUAUUCUCUUGUUUGAAUUCAUCUUGAGUAAUGUAUUUUGUUAACUGUUUUGCAAUCUCUUAAUUGAAUAGAUUUGUUUUUAAAUACAAUUACUAAUUUCUUAGAUGAUUC